AUGGCUGAUUCUACGACGCCUUCGGCGCAUCGUCCUCGGGGCUCCGAUGAUUUUGGCGUCUUUGAUGAUGCAAAGACCUAUUAUGCCUCCGAAGAACGACACACUGGCCGGUUCGCCAACCGGACUCGCACAUUCUCCCAGAGCGGUUUGAUCAAGCAAAUCGAGCGAAUGAACAUUCCGGAGCCUUACCGCCGUGGAAGUCACGAUGAGAGUAACCUGGAGCAAGGCCGCCGCUUUCUUAUCCAAGUCGACGCGACCCUUGAGAGCUUAAAAUCCCAGGAAGACACGGACGGAAACAUGCAAAUUACAAUCGAAGAUCAUGGCCCCAAAGUUCUGCCUCUGCGAACCGCCGCCUCCGCGGGUCAUCAUCGCUUUGAAAAUACGGCCGCAAGCAAAUCAUCCUGGACGAGGCCCGACUCAACGAAAACCCUGUUAAUCGCCUCUCUCGUUGCCCUCGAUCGCCCAGAAAUUCGACUAGACGUUCAAUUACUUCCCGAGGUCAUCACCCCCGAAAUUAUUCGUGACAUGAAUGCGAAGCCCGGCCUUCUCGCCGUCGCCGUCGAGGAGGUUGAGGAACAGGACCCUGUCAAGGGCACAGUCAAGACCCUCCGUGGCCUCCCCUUUGUUGUGCCUGGUGGCCGCUUCAAUGAGUUGUACGGAUGGGAUAGCUACAUGGAGUCUCUUGGACUGUUGGUCAACGACCGCGUGGACCUUGCCAAAGCAAUGGUGCUCAACUUUUGCUUCUGCAUCGAACACUACGGCAAAAUUCUCAAUGCGACACGAUCGUACUACCUCGGACGCUCACAGCCUCCUUUCCUGACCGACAUGGCUUUGCGAGUCUACGAGAAGAUCAAGCACGAACCCGACUCGCUCGAAUUUCUGCGCCGCUCUAUUCUUGCUGCCAUCAAGGAGUACCAUAGCGUUUGGACUGGCAAGGCUCGUCUUGACCCUACGACUGGUCUAUCGAGAUACUGCCCUGAAGGUCUUGGAGUUCCUCCCGAGACCGAGCCUAGCCACUUUGUCCAUAUUCUGGAGCCAUACAUUGAGAAGCAUGGCAUGAAGUUCGACGAGUUUGUGCAGGCCUACAACUACGGCGAGAUCAAGGAGCCAGAGCUGGACAACUACUUUAUGCACGAUCGCGCCGUGCGAGAGUCCGGCCACGACACCAGCUACCGCUUCGAGGGAGUGUGCGCUAACCUCGCGACGAUUGAUCUCAACUCGCUACUGUUCAAGUAUGAAACCGAUAUUUCUCGCACCAUCCGCAGCUUGUUUGGGGAUAAGCUUGUUAUGCCCGAGGAAUUUUGCCACGGCACCCCCUACAAGCCAGGCGACAUUCUCACCUCUGCCUUGUGGGAUCGCAAGGCCAAGAGACGCAAGCUUACCAUGGAUAAGCUGAUGUGGAACGAAGAAGAAGGCAUGUUCUUUGAUUAUGACUUUGUCAACAAGAAGCGUUGUACGUAUGAGACUGCCACGACCCUGUGGUCGCUGUGGGCUGGUGUCGCCUCGCCAAAGCAGGCGGCGGAUAUUGUCGGUUUGGAGCGACCCAACAGACAGUGGGAUUACCCGUAUGGCUGGGCACCGCAGCAAAUGCUUGCCUGGACGGGCCUGCUCCGCUACAGUUUCAACGAAGAGGCUGAGCGUCUCGCUUACAAAUGGCUGUUCAUGAUUACCAAGGCUUUUGUCGACUUCAAUGGUGUUGUUGUCGAGAAGUACGAUGUGACGCGGCCGAUCGACCCCCACCGUGUGGACGCCGAGUACGGCAACCAAGGUCUCAAUUUUAAGGGCGUGGCCAAAGAAGGAUUUGGUUGGGUGAAUGCCAGUUAUGUGUAUGGAUUGCAGAUUGUAAAUGCGCACAUGCGCCGUGCGCUGGGCACGCUGACGCCGUACCCGACGUUUAUCAAGGCUAUUGAGCAGAUGAAUGAAAAGGCCCUUGCCGAUCUUGAGUAG